AUGUUAGCAUUUUUUGUCAAAAAUCUUUAUUUAUUAUGUAUAAUUUUUAUCAUAUUAUUUACGAGUUACUAUUGUGAGGCUAAAAAUUACUGCAAUUCAAACAUUUGCGAUAAUCAACACACAUUAUGUAAAUUUAAGUUAAACGAACCAGCGCAACGUUGCGUCGAUCAUGAAAAAACGAUUAAAACAAAAAAAGAUAAGCAAGAGAUUUUGGAUAAGAUAAAUAGCCGUCGAAAUAGGGUUGCAUCGGGCGACAUUCGCUCAUUACCGGCGGCUGAAAAUAUGCUUAAAAUGGAAUGGAACGAUGAGUUAGAAAUUUCAGCACAGCGAUGGGCCGACCAAUGUAUGCCGUAUAAACAGCUAGAUAUUAAAGACUUUUGUAGAGAUUUAGAUAACGUUCAUGUGGGUCAAAAUAUUGCGACAGUUGUUGGGGAAUCAACAAGUUUAACGCCAGCAAUAUUGGUAGACGUUUGGUAUAUGGAACUUUUAAAUGUGAACGCUUCAAUUAUUUCUCGAUAUCGCCCAUCAAAUCAAUCGCAUCUUAAGCAUUAUGAUUAUUUUACGCAGCUUGUUUGGGCUGAAUCUAAUUUAGUAGGCUGUGGUGGUGUGAAGUUUCGGGAGCGUUUUGAUAACGGAAAACAAAAUAGAACAAUCAAUAGAUUGAUUUGCAAUUUCGCACCUGGUGGUAAUCAGUUCAUGAGAUCAGUAUACAUUGAAGGUGUAGCUUGUUCUCAUUGUCCCUUCGGUGGAGUUUGCGAUCCUACAUAUACCUGCUUGUGUAACUUUAAACAACCAUUGAUUAAGCAACUUGAAAUAAAUGACAAUGAAAAAGGGUUAAACAACCAUAUUCAAAAUGUGAUAUUGAGCGUUUCGACGGGGGAAAAUUAUAAAAGUAACGCAACUAAUAAUAAUACACGUAACAUUGAAAGUAAAAUCUUGACAACUUUUAGUUUAGAUAAUGAAGAUGAAAGUACGACAACGUUUGAUUAUUUUGCUCAAGUUUUAAAUACAGUAUAUUCUACGGAGACAAUUUCGACGGGCACAAUAAUAACUUGCAAGGAUAUAAUGCCAGUUGAAGAUUUCAUUGAAGUUUUUAAAAAAAGACUUCUUAAGGAUCAGGUACUCAAAGAAUUUUUCCUAACAUCUAAAAUGUCUGAAAAUAAAGAAAACUCUGAUGGCGCAUAUACUGAUGCUAGUGUAGCCGAUUUUAUGGGUCAGAUAUAUAGUAAAAAGGAAUCACCUACAACUUUGAAAGCAACGGAGUCUGCCUACCUAAACUCAACGUUACUUGUUGAUUUGGUAGAGGCUGUUAUUUUUAGAAAUAAUGAUAAAAUAUCAGCCACAGAAAAAGUAGAACAAAAUAGUAAGUUUCAGUCUCAUUCGGAUGUAAAUGCUAUUAAAAUUAAAGCUGAACUUGGACAGGUUAAAGAAAAUUUACAUUUUACUGGACAUUACUUCUUCCCUGAAGAUGAUAACGAUCAAGAUGUUAAAGAAACAACAGAGUUAUAUUACGAUAUUUCAAGCAUGGCAGUAUCUGAUAUUGAAUUAGAAAUAGAAAACUUAAAAAGGAAUAAAGGUACUAAAGAUUUUCUCGAAGAAAUUCUUGAAUCUGAUUACAACACAGAAAAUUUGUCUAAAAUUGAAGUGCUCUCGCUUAAUACUACGCAUUAUAGUGAAACUGGGAGUGAAUAUAAUUUAUAUGGAAAUUUAAAAACAAGCCCAACAAAAACGUCUGUGUUACUCAGCCCUUUCUUGAGAAAAAAGCGAUGUCACAAAAAUGUAAUAAUAAAAAGAAAUAAAGGAAUAAGUCAUAACGAUAUUGAAAGUAAAGAUUUUAAAUUGAGGAUCAAUGAAACUGCCAUUCACUACAUUGACUAUAAACAUUUAUUGAAAAAAAUCGUAGCAGAUUUAAAAAUCCUAACAUUAAAGGAGCAAUUUCAUUGCACUGAUUUCGCAAUUUUAAAUUCGUCGUCUUUAUGUUCUAUUAGUAAUUUAUUCCUAACAUUAUUGUUUCUUUUUUGUUUGUUAUUAAAUUUUAACUAA